GAGCAGUUGCCUACGUCGAGCGCCAAUUUAAUGAAAAAGUUUUGAAAUUUUUAUAUUUCGAAGAGUCGAUAAGCAGUAUAGCUCACACUUUCAGAUCAUUAUGGCCACUAUGAUUACUAGCUGCAAUGAAAAUAUCAGCUUAAUCAGAUUUCUUUUGGCCGAGAAAUCAAAGAUUCAUCCACAAAAUUGAGUUUUUUUGGAAAAACUUGAAAAUUUUCCAUCGCCUCGCCUAAGUAUCAUGAGCUCAAACCAACUUGGGCGUUUUCUCUGCUCACUAUAGCCUAUAUGAUGAAAAUGGUCUGAGUCGAGCAGCGAUUUAUCACCUCGAAAGGUUCUCUCGUUAGUUGAAUAUGUUCUCUCGUCUUAAACUUUUGUCUAUAUAUUUUGCUUUUCUGAUAUACGCCAGGGUUAUGUGCAGAUCUCUAUCGCGUAACGUACCACACUUUAUUGAGAUUAUAUGAUCUCAUUUAACGUUGUACUUGUUACUAUAUAAAGCCAAUUCAUGUUACGAAGUUUCAAAACAUCCACAAAAUUGAGUUUUUUUGGAUAAACGUGAAAAUUUUUCAUCGCCGGUCCUAAUUAUCAUGAGCCCAAACCAACUUGGGCGUUUUCCCUGAUCACUAUAGCCUAUAUGAUGAAAAUGGUCUGAGUCGAAAAGCGAUUUAUCACCUCGAAAGGUUCUCCUAAGUAUGCAAUAAUUAUAUUUAACUUUAAAACUGGCGAAUAAAGCUUUUAGUAUUUUGGUUUUAGUUCAUCAUACAUCUGGUUAAGUCUCUGAAUUAUAUAUCGAACAAAAAGACGUUAACAUAUAUGAUUUUGAUAUUUUAAACUCGACGUGUCUGAAGUAAAUAAAUUUUUUUUACAAUCGCCUUUUCGUUAUAGAAAAGCUCAAGCCUUGGAAACAUGAACUGGCCCUUACUACAAAUAAAUUCUGUGCGCAUAGUAAGGUCCAGUUCAAAUUUCCAAGGCUUGACCUUUUCUGUAACGAAAAAGCGUUUGUAAAACAAAAUUUCAUUGUACAAAAUAAAGUGUAGGAAUUUCCACAUUUCUAUUCCCACGGGUUUUGGAUCCGUUUCCCACGCAAAUUUCUCCUACGCUCGAAGAUUUUUACUUAUUUUUCCACACAAUAAUUCCCACGUUUCGCAAAUUUUCCACACGAUUUUUCCCACACCAUUUUCGAUCCGUUUCCUGUGCUCUCCCACAGUACUUCCCACACCAUUUUCGAUCCGUUUCGCACAAAAUGUGCUUUCCCAUAGUGCUUCCCACACUUUGUUUUUUACAGUUUUAUUUAACAUAUAUGAAGAACUUUAUUCGAUUACCGUGCUAAAAACGUCAUAUAUGACGGAUCAUUCUACUGCUUCACCAUUCAUCAGUGUCAUUUUGUUCGAAUAGCAACUUUUAAACUAAAAACAUUUUCCACUUCUUUUUUCAUCUUAAGAAUGAGAAAACACUCUACUGAUAGGAAGAAAGCAUAUGGAUGAAAAUAUAAAAUGAAAUUCAUUCAUAAAUAUUAGAAGCGCUUAAGAACUUGUCAAUUAAGAGGCUGAGUGAUGAAUAUUCUGUAAUGAACCACUAGUUGCGUGUGCGUUCCGACUAAACUCAUGUUUUCAUUAACAGCAUGCUAAGAUUUUUAAAAACAGGUAUUUUCAGUUUGAUUUGUUAUCUUUUAUCAACGACGUUUUCAGAAACGAAAAAUGUAUCUGGAAAGCAGAGUGAUUUGUAUUUCUAUUGUCAUCAUUUUUACUGUUCGACAUAAAACACAGCACAGUCAAGAAGGUUUGUUUAGGCAUUUGUUAUCAUUUUAAAGAAUGCAAUAACCAAAUACUGCUGUUUUCGAUUUCUUUGUUUUCAUCAGCUUUUUUGGUUCGUCGGUGUCAUCAAUUGUCUAUCUUUUACAUUAAUACAUGACAUAAAUACGUUCAAGAAUGAAUGAAAGAUGUAUUGUAAACAGUAUCGCAGCCAUAUUAGUCUUCGAAGUUGUUCACAAUACAAUUGAACUUACACGGUUUCUUUCACAUUAUAUUUUUGUUUUAUGUUUCUUAUUUUGAAUAAUUUAUUGCAAUUUCCACAAAUUAAGUUCCCAUUACCAAGUGGAGAGGAUCUUUCUGGUUGUGUUUGAGAACAGAAAGAGUGCUAAGCACGUCCUGUGUACCACGCUUGAUAGAGACUAGAGCCCUGCAGGUUACAACUUUUUCAUAACCUAUAAUCUAUCCUGUAAAAACUUUAACAACCUAUAACCUUUCAUAAUCUUAUCCUGCGUAACCUGUAACCUGUCCUAACCUACAAUAUUUUUUGCUUAAUCCGUUCUGUCGUGUCCUGCGAAAAACUUACUACAAAAAAUGAGUACCCAAGUUCGAAAAUUUUUCCUAAUAAAGCAAAUUCUUUUCAUUUACUUUAUUUAUGCAGCAAAAAACAACAACAAAAGAUCACACAUCUCAAAAAUUUCUGAUGAAUAAUAUAUCGUCAACAACAGCUGGAUUCAACAACUGUCUUCGUGUUUCCAAUACUUUUCCUGAUGCACUAAAUGUUUUUUUUUGAUUAAUUAAAACUAUUUUUCUAGUUCUUAUUUCUUCCCCUUUACAGAUGGUGCUUGAUAUUUUUUUUCCAGAAAACAGGGUACGGGUAGUGUAAUCUGUAACCUGUCCUGUAAAAAUUUUCGUAACAUAUAACCUAUCCUAAACUGCGAAGUCGUAACCUAAACCUGUCCUGGCAUUUUCUCAUCGUUUUUUACUAUUAGUCGCCUUGAUAUCUUGACAAAAAAACCUCUGAAUCACUACUUUUUUUGAUAAAAAUAGCUUUCGAUAGACAUCACGAACGCAUCAAACAGUCACAAGACAACUAGCUACGGCUAAGACACUCAGCCAUGAAUAAAUCACGUGUUGCAUUUAAGGCACAAGAAAUGCAUCAAGACUCUUAUUAGACAUAAAGUCAUCCUGAGACCUAGUCAAGACGUGAUUUGUACAAUUUAGACCAUCGAACAAUAACUUUGAUUUAGUUUUCACAUCUUUUUUUAUCUUAAUUUUUCUAUAUUUAUAUUUUAUAGAGACAAUAAAAAACCAAAAGAGAGAGGCAAAAAUCUGAUAUAUGUAUCUUCAUUUUUAAUAUUUAAUUUUAACAGCGAUUUCAUCACUGAACAAAAUGAACACCCUUACCAUAUUGUCUGUUUACAUAUUGUUCUUCACAACAACAUGUAUUAUAAAUGCUUGCCGUCUUACAAAUUGUCCAAUUGGUGGCAAAAGAAGUCUGCGUUACAAACAUGAGGUAUGAUGUUUUGGAAUCACUAAACGAUUGAGAACAAGAAAGUCACACUCUAAAAUAGAUAUCACUCGAUGACAUUUGAUAAUAAAAGUGAUACAUCGAACCAAGCCAGCUUGUUUAUUAUUGUGAUUAUUGAUACCUUCCUUCGUCAGUCCUUAAAAGUUGCGUACAAGUAACCAUACAUCUUCUAUGUUCAUUUUAUCUCUUUUUCCUGAAAUUUUAGGAAAAAGAUUUCUAUCAUUUCAUAGCUCAGCUACAAAAAUCAGUUUACUGAAAAUCUUUUUGUUUUGUUUAUAGUGUCCCAAAUGUGGUAAUAACGGUCAAUGUUUUGGACCAAAUAUUUGUUGUUCAAGUUAUGAUGGAUGUCGUAUUAAUCAUCCAGAUGAUAUUAUACAGUGUGCAUUUGAAGGCAACAACCCUAUACCGUGUACUAUUGAUAGUCAAUCGUGUUCAACUGUCAUCGGUGGCCAAUGUGCAGAAAACGGCGUUUGUUGUAAUGCAAGUUAG